AUGAUCGUGAAACAUGUGGCUUCCUUUUUUUUCUCGUUUUCCAUCUUAAGAACUCUGUUCAAAAACAGCUAUGAUGCUUUUCCUGAGUCAUUGUGCCGCCUUUCAGAUGUAGCGAAACAGUAGGAAGUUUUUUCCGAGAUUGGAGCCAAGGUUUUCUAGUCGAGACACAAGCCCCGCCCAUUCCCAUUGUUCUUUCGCUGCGAGUUGUGUUUCGAAACGCGAUAACCCAUCAUAUCAAGUGCUCAGGCUCCGCCCCAUAGCUCCCGCUGUUCGGUUUGGACCUCGAGAGUCGCCAGAUUAUUCCUCGCAGAGCUGCUGACUUCAGAUGCGCGCCUUCAGCUUCUACCUGUUCCUGUGCACCCUCCUCGCACUCUGCACACUCUCCUUACAGAGAAAAGGUAAGUCCUGGGAGCGGUUAUAGUCUUUAGAAAACUUGUAGUUCAGUCUAGAUUCUGAGGUGCGAAAAAUCGGAAAUAUGGUUUUUAAUUUUUUGAACAUAAUUCAAGUCCGACUUGUUCUGCUUCACAAUUGAAAUACGAAACGUCGAAAAAAUGUAUUUUUAAAAAAUUCCCCACUAGUGAACUCCAUUCAUUGCGUAAUAUGAAAAUGACCAGCGUUUUGUUUAUUUUUUCCGUUGAAGAGCAUAGUUUACAGCAGAAAACUUUCUCUUUUAGAGGCUGCAGAAAAUUUCCUAAGUAGCUACUACGUAGUUACCCUACAUUCUACUUCUGAAGCAGAUCUUCUACAAACUAAGGAAUAUUCUCAUUUAUUUUCAAAAAUCCUUCACGACUUUUCUAGCUCAAGAAUCUUUCCUUUACUUCCAUAAUGUGCCUUUGAAAAGUGUCCUCUUUUUAUCGGAUUUCAAAUCUUAUGCAAAGUAUCGAAUUUCAAGUGGCUCUCUUGGCAGCUCUGAAUCCUUAAAAUAUAAUCUUAUUCUAUUUCGAAAAAAGAUCAACUAUUUCAGAAACCAAACAUCUAAAGUAUCAGAAAACUCGACUGCUAUUCUUUUCACUGAUCAAUUUAGAAUAAAUUUUGCAAAAAUGACUAUUUUUGGAUGAUUUGUUGUUCAAAUUGAAGACUUUUUCAAUUAAAAAAAUUAACUCUGUAAUCACUGUUUAUUCCUCGUGAUGUUUUUUUAUUAUUCUAGACACGUUAAUUUCUAUGAAAAAAAUGCGUGAGCAAGUGAUCGAAGUCUUGCUAAUCAUCACAAGUUUUCCACUUAAAUUAUUUAAAAAAAUCCAAAUUUUCUAUUCUAGACAUUUUAGGAAAAUUAAAAUCAGGCUAGCCAUUGCAUUAUGAGAUUUUUAAAUGGAGAAGCGAAAGGAUCGUGACUUUUUUCGGGCAUUAAUAAUAAUUAUGAUCCUGGAACCUCACAUUUCAAUCAUUUGACACGUUAUUUGGGACAUCAAAAGUGCGAAAACAAGGAUUCUUGUUGUUUUCUUUUUCGACCUCUGCAAAUUAAAAAGGCGCCGGGAUUAAAAAAGAAGUAAUGGCUUUUUUUUUUCUCAUCUUCAAGAAAUUGUACGUCUGAAAAGAAUUUGAAAAGGAAGUAGAAUUUAUUUUUCGAAAUGUAACAAAUUGGUUCGAAAUUUACGGCUUUUCGUUCACGGAAAAUGAAAAUCUGGAGGCGGUAAGUAAUGACCAAAGUUGGACCACCGAAUUGAGCCCACUUUGAGGAAGGGACUUUGAAUAGAAACUUUAAAAAAUUUUUUGAGAAUGCAAUUUUUCUUAGUGAAGCUAUUGAGACACUGGGGCGAUAAAUGCCCUUUUUCGGAUUAAUUUCUGAUUUAAACUCCUAAGUUGCCUUUAAAGCCUGCGAAAAAAGUUUUGGUGACUUGAAAAAAAGUCAAAGGGUUUCACAAGAGCUUUUCACGACCUGAUACAAGUUUCCUUGGCAAUUUUUGAAAUGAACGUGAAAAAAAUGAAUUUAGUGCGGACUUUUUUUAUUGCUAUGGCCAUUAUGUAGGAAAAAUACCUUCAUAUUCAUUUUUCAAGUUGAAAAGUGUCGAAAACCUUUCUCGCUAAAAGUAGAACGAUGUUUUUUUCUCGUAGAAAAUCAAAGAAGCCUUGGUUUAAUUUUUCUUGAGCCAAAUUAGUCAUUCAGGCUCCAGACGCAAUAUAAAACGAAAACGGAUUUUUCAUUUAGCUUUCCUUUUUCUUCAGACAUAAAUGUCGACCUAGAAGAAAACGAUGUCGAAUAAAAAAAAGUGAUACAAAACGAGAUCGCGUGACUCUUUUUCCGAACAAAGAGACGUUUCCAAAGACAACUGCAUAUCCUUUUCUGUUCGAAAAGGGUACCGUUGUCCCUUUUUUUUUCUAAAAUGUGAUGAAAUCUUCUUUAUGGACCUCUCCGCUUCAAACUGAAAAUCGUGUAACGAAAAUAGCCUAGGGGGACGAGAAGAAAAAGUGUAUAAUUGUUUUUUUCAAUUUUUACGACCACUUUUACGACCUCGGUAGUUGUCUUGGACACGCACGUUUCCAAUCUUGAAAACCAAAAAGAGUUGUUAUAAAUGUGAAAAAAAGAUGGAAAAGCGAAUUGAGGAAGGUUAGGCAGACCUUUUUUGAGAAGAAGCUUUUAGGUGGUUCUUGGCAACCGUCCACAACUUAUUCACGACCCCUUUGUCCCUUUUUCGGUUUAUGUUCUUUUGAGCAACUGAAAACGACAUUCAAAACUGAAAAAAGUGACAUGUAACUCGACGUAAAAGUUUUAAAUGGAACCGAAAUAUUUAUUAAACUUCUCCAGGCGGAGCUGUUUUCUAAUUACGCUGUCUGCGCUUUCAAAAGGCUCAGGAAGGGUUUCCGGAAUCUCGUUGAAGGAUUUUUUUUAUCAAUCAACCUCUAAAAAACCUUGAUACUUAAGUAGCUAACAAAAAUUGCGAGACAAAAGUUCUAAUGAAGAAAAAUUCUUAACGGUUCCUGUUAGCCUCAUAUUCAAAAAAAAAAAAUUAUAUCUCCUUUCAAAAAGCUUUUAAGAUGGACGUAUGAAGAUGUGUCCGCCCGGAGGAAGUUCCUUCACGAUGGCCUGGUCGAUGACCUGUUCCAUGCGACGCCGAAAAAGAGAAAUUCGCGGUAAAUCCGGUUCUCUUAUUCAUAAUUACUGUCAGAAAAGAUAAAUCUUGAACUCAUUUCACCCUGAAAAAUCCUAAAAUGAAGCAAGAAGUUUAGCAAAGCGUGCGCUAGUGGUGCCGUCGAUCCGACAGCUGCAGACGAUCUGCUGCCAGGUCGGCUGCAACGUCAACGACCUGCUCCCGUUCUGCGGUCCUCUCUAGAAGCUCGAGUCGCACGAUUCCACGGGAGUUGGCCGGGAAGGCCACGUCAUUCACAGAAGCACCGUUCAGCCGCACCUCCUCGAUAA